AUGGAUGGAUUGCUGGAUGUGGACGACAUUCUUGGUGUUUUGCAGGAAGCUGAAGUAGAUGUAGCAGCUUCAGCCAGUGCGCGCGGUCUCGGACCUGGGAAGAAAUCCGGUCUCCGACCUGGACUAACUCCUGCAGAAGGAUCGCAGAAGAAAGCGCGCAAGCUUGGCAAAAAAGAAGCAUUGCUAGAUCAGCAAGCGCGAAGCUACAAUGCAAGUGGCCGCUCCAAAAAUGAAGACUAUUUUUUCCCUUUGCACGAAGCGGGGUUGCAAAGACCGAGCUUCACUGGUCGAGGGGCAUGGAAAACUUGGUCACCUGCUGCCAUUCUUAGAGCUGGUUUCAGUUUUGAGAAGAGCACCCAGCGACAGGUUGCGAGUUCCAUCGAAGGUGCGGGACAAUCUCACGCGGCUUCUUGUCGCCUCGUUGUGGCUGAGGCAGUCAUGAAUGGGCAAGGACAUGGUUUGAAAAGACUAAAGGAGUGCAUCAGCCAAGAGGUGAAGUCAGCCAAGUUGCUAUAUGCAAUACGCAACAUGAUGUUCGAUGAGUCUACAUUCCACCUCAGCCUUGGCAAUGCUGUUUCAGCUUCGUACUCGGUACUGUGCUCGCACGCGCAAGUCACAUACCGUUUUGUGGGAGACACUAUCAUACAUGACGAACAUAUUGCCAGAUGCCCGGCCAUUCUGAGUCCCGUAAUGAAUAGUGCCACAAUGCACGCAGCUCUCUCCGCUGGCCCAGCUGGAUUUGCACAGGUCCUCGAGGGCAACGUGAAAUAUGUUGCCACCCUGACAACUUCAGAUGCCCAUGCUGCAAAUGUGCGAAUGUUGAAGAUGGUAGAUCAGGAGCUGGGCCAGAAUCAUCUCUUCCUGCCAACGCUUUGCUUGCAGCAUAGAGUUGGGAAUAUCAUCGAACAGCUUACUAAGUUACUUGGAAACUUGGGAGGCAAUUUUUCCAUCUCAAAGGUGCUGAACAAAGGGAACUUGUUGAAGGCCUUGCAUGACAGGGUUCGGGAUUACUUCGACGAGAGAGAGAAAUUUCAGAUUCUCCCUGAAACACCGCCUGCAUUGCUGGACGAGUGGUGUGAAGGUCAACUACAAGCACGAGACUUGAUUCAGAUGUGCAUGAGUUUCGAUGAGUCAGAUCCUGUCCGUGCAGGUACUUUGCGGGAAGCUUUUCAGCGCUUCACGAACUUCUUUGCUGGGCCAUGGACAGGACUGAAUUUCUGCUUCUGCCCUUCAUUGGCUCUCGAGGACUUCACCUGGCCAACGGAUCAGCGAGACUCAAAGUCAAAGCAGCAUGUGAAAAAUGCGGCGGUCUCGGACCUGGCCAAAACUCUGGUGACUGACUCGUAUGGGAGUCCCUCCUCGCUCCGCAAGCUUUGCUGGGACACCUACAAUGCCAGGCUUGGCGGGCGAAGCGAGUGUGAGUAUAGGUUCGGUUUGUGGGACUUGAAGGUAUUCGACUUCGAACUCAAGAAGUGGCAUCCGAUGCACAUCGUCCUAGACAUGCCGAAUGGGGGUCAGUUGUGGCUCGGCGGAAAGGCAGCUAGUACCCAAACCAAUGUGCUGCUUGAAAACGGCAUCGGGGCAAUCCUUGCCGCGGCUUCGAAUCCUCCUGUCAGUCGGGACUCACGGGUGGAGUUUUUGGGCGUCAUGGACGGAACAGGGGUCGCAGCAGGCGACAUCGAUCAAAAGCUGCUCGUGGAGAAGUUCCGCCGCGUGAUCAAGCUCCUGAGCCAGGGGAUCAAAAUCCUCAUUUCGUGCAGAAACGGAGCACAUCGCUCCAGCUUUUUGCUUGCCCUUCUCCUCAUCUUCUUGACAGGUCUCGCGCCCUACGACGUCUAUGCCUAUUUGCAGAAGCUCAGGCAGAUCGUGGACUUGAGCUCGAUGGCGCCUGAGUCGGUGCAUUCGAGAAGGGGGCGUCCGAAUGUGAGGCCUAUCGAUGCUCUGGUGGAGAUGGGGCCGAAGUUUGGUGACGAAGGCUCCAAGGCCAUGUCCAAGUUGGGACUGGCCGCCCAGAAUGCUUUGGGCUUCGACCUCGAGUCUGGUAGCAGGCCGCGUCUGAAUUUUCUGAUGAACCCUGCUGAAUUCCAGAAUCUGGCCAGCAGCCUUGGCUGGAGACCCCUCUCUGAGGCCCGAUGGAUGAAUUGGGGGUCGUGA